UCCUCCACCGCAAUCAAAUGUACCGGAUCCCUCCCCAUGGCCGAUUCCGAAACUGCCGCCUCCGCCGCGCCGCCACCGACGGAGACCAAGCCUCCGGCGACGGAGUCCAAACGCUGGGGAGACAUCGUGGACGACGAUGCCGAGGAUCCGACGACGGAGUCCGGUUCGCCUUCGGAGGUUAACCUCGAGGGCUUGAAAAUCGACGAGAGCAAGAAGAUAAACAGGUUCCUUGAUGAGCCAGAGGACAGCAACAUCAAAGCCGUCACGUCCGGGGAUACGCCGUACACGUCGGCGAGUAAUUUCGAGGAUUUGAAUCUCUCGCCGGAAUUGCUCAAGGGCUUGUACGUGGAGAUGAAGUUUCAGAAGCCGAGUAAGAUUCAGGCCAUAAGUUUGCCGAUGAUCUUGACCCCUCCGUACAAGGAUUUGAUUGCCCAAGCUCAUAACGGGUCCGGUAAAACCACUUGUUUCGUUCUCGGAAUGUUGAGUCGUGUUGAUCCCAAUCUCAAGGCCCCUCAGGCGCUUUGCAUUUGCCCUACUAGAGAGCUGGCCAUUCAGAAUAUGGAAGUUCUACGAAAAAUGGGAAAAUACGCGGGGAUAACUUCUGAGUGUGCUGUUCCAAUGGACAGCAGGGACUACAUGCCGAUUUCCAAACGUGCCCCAAUCUCUGCUCAAAUAGUAAUUGGCACUCCUGGCACAAUAAAGAAGUGGAUGUCGGCGAAGAAGUUGGGUACUAGCCAUUUGAAGAUUCUUGUUUUUGACGAGGCUGAUCACAUGCUUGCUGAGGAUGGUUUUAAGGAUGAUUCUUUGAGGAUAAAGAAGGAUAUUGAGAGAAGCAGUUCUCAUUGCCAGGUGCUUCUGUUCUCUGCAACUUUUAAUGAAACAGUAAAAAAUUUUGUUUCGAAGAUUGUGAAAUCAUACAAUCAGCUCUUUGUAAAGAAAGAGGAGUUAUCACUGGAGGCAGUAAAGCAGUAUAAAGUCUAUUGCCAUGAUGAGCUGAUGAAAAUCCAAAUUAUUAAGGAGCGGAUUUUUGAUCUGGGUGAGAAUCUGGGGCAAAGGAUUAUCUUUGUUCGAACAAGAAACAGUGCAAGCAUGCUGCACAAGCAACUUACUGAGGAUGGUUAUACCGUUUCGAGCAUCCAGGGUGCCAUCACACCAGAAGACAGAGACAAGCUCAUAAACGAGUUCAGAAGUGGUCUUUCUCAAGUGUUGAUUUCAACUGAUCUCCUUGCCCGAGGUUUCGAUCAACAACAGGUUAAUUUGGUCAUUAAUUAUGAUCUGCCGAUCAAGUAUGAAACACAUGAGCCGGAUUAUGAGGUCUAUUUGCACCGGAUAGGUAGGGCAGGGCGUUUUGGCCGCAAGGGAGCUGUGUUUAAUCUUAUAUGUGGUGAUAGAGACGCUGAAACAAUGAGAAAGAUAGAGCUCUACUUUCAGACCGAAUCUAUUGUGGUUAAAAAUAAUGAUGAAGAGUUCGAGAAUGCAUUGAGGCAGGCAGGCUUGCUCUGAGCUUGCGCUUGCAGCCGGAUUUUCUUUUGCUGCUUGCUUUUUUCUUUCUUCCCUCUUCAUUUUUUGCUGGAAGUUUUAUGUUUUUUGUACUCAAUUCUGAAAUGCAAUGUGAAUUAGUGAGGAGCAUUGUAAUGUGAUAUGCGAAUAUGGGGCCGUGCUGCAGCCACGGUACCUCAUAACUUUUUGAGUUGUAAAAAAAAUCGAUUGCUAUAUUUACUUUCCUCAUCCAAAAUUUUUUUCUUUUUUUUUUUAUAUGCAUUUGAUAUUUCAAUUUCUAAAUUGUAAGAACAAAGAAAUUUUGGGUCUUGUAGUUUCAUUCGGGAAAUUUUAAGCAUGUGU